AUGUAUGAUCGUGGGGUUUGGUCAGUAGGCUCACAAUUGAUAAUCAAAGAGCGUUCCAUCGCGCCCCCCAACUACGAGGCCGGCAACCUCAGGUUUCUGAAGCAGCACACCAACCUUCCCGUUCCAACUGUUAUAAAGGAUUGGUCCGAGAGUUCGCGUCACUUCAUCAUCAAUGAAAAGCUGACUGGCGAAACUCUUAAUAUCGCUUGGCCAAGAUUGUCUCCUGAUCAGAGGCGCCGUAUUGCAAAGCAGACCGCCGACUACAUCACGGAGCUUCGAAAGCUCCACUCGCCGCGCAUUCAAAGCCUCACGGGAGAACCUGUGUAUUCCACCUUCUUGUUCCUAGCAGGCCCGACCGCACCUCAUGGUCCUUUUAGUAGCGACCAAGAACUCUGGGCUGAGUUGGACAAGGCACUUGUGAAUGUUCCUAAAAAGGCUCGUCAACGUCUUCGGGAGCUGAUGCCAGCCGCAACUCCUUACACCUUCACACAUGGGGAUUUGACAAAUGUUAACAUCAUGAUUGAUCAAGGUAAUCUCACUGGCAUUAUCGAUUGGGAUACAGGUGGUUAUUUUCCCGUGUGGUGGGAAUAUGCCUCAGCUAGUGUAGGCCUGGGACAGGAGGACAAAGAUUGGAAGACUCUACUACAAGAGUAUAUGCCACAGUUUAAAGAAGCCAAGGAGUUUUGGUUGGAUUUCUUCUCCCUGUCCAGAUAUCCGAAGUUGGAUUCACGAGCAACGGCUUUCUUCGAGAAAAUCAAAGAGUGA